UUUGCUAAUGUUCACACCCAUGAACUUGCACAUUAUUUAAACAAAAUGUUUUAAGCAAAUUGUUUGGCAUUUAAUGGUUGGCUUUGUUCACGGUGUGCAGAGGCUUGCGCCCUUCUCAAUGGGAGAGAACGUAUGAGUCCAGAGGAAGUUGCAGGGGCCGCCAAAACAAAUGUUUUCAGAGUGUAGCUGGUAAAAACAUGGCCGGCAAAAAAACCCCACGGAUUGAAGGCAACAUUUGGGGAGAUCGCAUACAAUAUGGAUUCAAGCUACACAGUUGUCGAUUAAGGUUUUUGUUUGCAAAUGACGGGUGUGGUAUGACAGUUCCUACCAUGAAUGGACUGCCAUGGGAGCAUGGACGAGUGGCAAUUAUGGUUCUAGUUUUGCCAUUAUUAAAUUUUCGAGGCUGCGGUUUUCUCAAUCAUUUCUCGUUGCCGCAUCAUCUCAGUCACUCAAGCAUCUCGUCCCACUUCAACAUUUCAAGACUAAAGAACAAUAAUUGCAAGUUGUACAAGUUUCAGGAAGGCAAAUUGUUGUGGGCCAUACCAUGUAACAGGCCACCUCAAAACGACUAAGGGAUACUAGCCUGCUAUUGCUAAAUGCUAAAUGGUUGAGCCUAUUUGUCUCAGCCCCAUUAUUCAUUGGCUUCGCGAUGACCAGAACUUCCCAGAAAAAAGACUUAGUAUGCUUUUGUGAAGAAAUCUGUUUAAAACGAUAAAUUUUGUGCUUGAGCUCAUUGCAAUUGAUGAUAUGCAACCAGAUUUGUUUUUUUGUCCCUAAAGAUAACACAAUUAAAUUCAU